GAGUGGGUCAGUAACAGUCUGUUGUUGGUGCUUUGCGGACGUCACUUCUUCGACUGACGAAAGUUGUUACUUAAUAAAAACUUUUUAAUUUGUGCCAGUGCCACGAAAAGAAAAAGUACAACAUGAAGUUAAAGACCGACCUCUUAGUCCAGCCCUCGGGGGAAAUAUCAAAGAAGAUUCGAGAAGAAUUAAAAGAAGACGUCAACACUCGCUAUAAGGAUUUGGCGGCGAUUAAAGAAUGGCUCAGGAAGCAACCGCAUUUACCUGAUGACUGGGAGGAUAUGCCGCUACUAACGUUCCUACGCGGCAGCAGUUUCUCGUUGGAGAAAUGCAAACGCAAGCUGGACAUGUACUUCACGAUGCGCGCCGCCUGUCCUGAGUUCUUUUCCAACCGAGAUGCCACCAGUCCUGAGCUUAGAGAGAUCUUGAAGGGAAAACUGCAAGGACCACCUCUACCAGGAGUAACUCCGAAUGGCAGACGAGUCACCAUAUGUAGAGGUGUCCACCCAAGCCUGGACGGUCAGCAGAUCACGGACACCCUGAAGCUGGCGCUUAUGGUGGGAGAUGUACGACUCGUGGAGGAGGUACAGGGCGUGGCUGGAGAUAUCUACGUGCUGGACGCGGCGGUGCUCGGCCCCAGCCUGCUCGCGCGACUCUCGCCCACUGUUAUUAAGAAGUUUAUGAUUUGCGUACAGGAGGCGUAUCCAGUGAAAUUGAAGGAAGUGCACAUUAUAAAUACUUCACCUAUAGUUGAAAGGUUUAUCACCUUUGUGAAGCCAUUCCUGAAGGAAAAGAUCAGGAAGAGGAUCUUCAUUCACAAAGAGCUGAAGGAUUUAUAUAAAUACGUACCUCAAGAGAUGUUGCCUGAAGAAUAUGGUGGCCAGUGCGGCACUAUGGAUGAGCUACAAGAUCAAUGGACACAGAAACUAAUAGAAUACCGUGAAUGGUUCAAAGCUCAGGACUCGGUGAAGGCCAAUGAAUCUCUCAGACCAGGCAAGCCGACAAACUACGAUGAACUAUUCGGUAUAGACGGCUCUUUCAGGCAAUUGGCUAUUGAUUAGGCUAGGCUAGUAUUAUUAUUAAGGCUAGAAGGAAAAUAGUAUAAAAAUAUUGUUAAUCAUAAUUUUUAUAAGAACUUUGUGCUAAAGUGGUUAAUAUUUCAUAUUCAGAUUUUACGAUUUUUGUACAUAAGUAUGUCAAAUUAGAUAAUCAUCAAUCAACAAUGGAUUUAAAAAACUUCUAUAACUACAAAAAUUUGUAAAAACGUACCAUGCACAAUAUAGACAAUAAUAAAUUUAAUCUUUAAGAAGAAAAAAAAAGUUUAAAAACAUUUCAAAUUCGUGUUGAAAUAAUUUCGUCGUAAGAUUAUUAAAUUUAUGCAAAAUAGUAAUAUAUGUAAGAUAAUUAAGAAUAAUAAUAAAAUGGAAUGUCUAUAAAAUGCUUUUAACUGUUUUUAACUCCGGGUUUCAGUUUCAAUGAUAUUAACAAAUAUUGUCAUCCCUUACAUUCCCUUUGACAAAACAAAGACAAAUACAUCAAUAUUAUUCCCUACCCAUAGUUAUAAUGUGACAUAACUGCUAUUAAAAGCUUAUAAUCUAAAUAAAUAUAAUAAGAUAGUA